UAAAACUUUAAGCCAGUUGAAAAAUCACUUUGCUGUUUAGCAAGCUGAAACAUUGGUAGCUAUUUUAAUCCUGUAUAGCCAGGGGUGAGCUACAAUGUGCACUGGAAAGUGUUCAAAGUGCAUUGGGGUCGUGUUAUUCCCAUUAGCUGUAUGUGCCAUAAUCUCCAAUCUUCUCCUGUACUUCCCCAAUGGAAAUGUUAUAGAGACCGACAAGAUAACUGAUUUGGUCUGGUUUUUCCAUGGCAUUCUUGGAGCUGGGAUACUGGUUAUUUUGCCAGCAUUUAUGAUGCUGGGUGCAGGUGGAGCUGGAUGUUGCGCUAACAGAUGUGGGAUGCUGCUCUCUGUGCUGCUGGCUGUGCUGGGAAUUGCAGGAGGGGUAUACUGUGUGGUCAUCUCAUCCUUGGGACUGAUUAAUGGGCCUCUUUGUGACACCGGUGAUGGAGAAUAUAUCUACCCUUUCCGGAAUGACACACUGACAGACAAUUAUUUGUUUAAUCAGACAACAUGGAGCAUUUGCAAAGAACCUGAAAACAUUAUUAUGUGGAAUAUUGUCUUGUUUUCUCUUCUCUUGGGGAUUGGUACAAUUGAAGCUGUUCUUUGUUUUAUUCAAGUCAUCAAUGGACUUAUUGGAUUCAUAUGUGGCACAUGCAUGAGGAAAAGAAAGACACAUAUUGCUGGAAUGUAAAUCACCUACAAAGAAUGCUAGUGACAAGCAUAGACCUGCGGGGAUUCAUGUGUAAUCAUAAUGUGUUGUGCUGUAUUUGUGGGGACAGAGGGACCCCAAGAUGUUCAGGAGUUUCAGAACAACUCCAGAACAUUUUAUAAAGAUAUCUGGAUGGGAGGGGGUGGAUUAUAUAAAACUUUUGAGGUCACAGAUUCUUUUUUGUCUCCUCUAAGAUCCCAGGCUAAGUCUCUGGUACUGGCAACAUGAUGCUGUCUUUUCAAGAGCACCUGGCAUAUAUAAACAUUCAAUCACAAACAUUCUCCAAUUAAAAUUCAUUGCUUACCCCGCAAGUGCUGCCCUGUGUAGAAAGCAUGUCACUUUGAAGUGCUGACUGUUGUGUAUGGGAAUCUGGACUGAAUGUAAUCAUUGCUAAUAUAAAGAUUUAUCAGCUUUACUGAACUCAUCCACACUGGUUGGAUGUCUAACGAUGCUCAUUAAUGCUCCCCAAACCCUAUCCUGGCCCUGUGUAAAACUGGAAUGGAUUCUCUGGCAAUGCUCUAUCUAUGUUUGCAGUGUUGUUGUAAUCGUGUCGGUCCCAGUAUAUUAGAGAGACAAGGUGGGUGAGGUAAUAUCUUUUAUUGGACCAACUUCUGUUGGUGAGAGACAAAAGCUUUUGAGCUUACACAGAGCUCAUCUUCAGGUCAUGCUCUUUCUAUUUCUAUCCCUUUGGUACGUAAGCAGUGGUCUUCAGUCAAUACCGGACUCAGAAAGGGUAUUUUCAGGACCUAGCAGUAGCGAUAUUGUUUAAAUAAGGCCAAUAUUUGUAGCACUGUGGAGGCCCUGUGCAGCAGGCAGUUGGCCAGUUUCUAACCUGCUUUAACCUCUGUGGAGCCAGCCUCCACUCACACUUCUGUGGGUGCUGUAGGAGGCUGUGGUGGUCUGUAAAGUGCUAAUGCUGCACUGAAAAUCAGCACUUCAAAGGUAAUAAUGUUGCACAUUGGGUAACCUUGGAGAUGCAUUUGGCCCAACAUGCAAGGCAUGUUGUGUAGCAACCAACUAGCCAAUAACUAGCCUUAUUGAACUAUAAGGAGGAAAAAAAAUUCAGACUCAUUUCCAGGGGAGUCUGAUAUGCACAUCCUAGUGUAGAACAUAUUCAUAUUCAGUAUUUAAUUUUUUUAAAUUGCAUAUCUGAUCAUUCUUGUGCACGCUUUUCUGAGAAACUGAAGCUAGCCCUGAGAGGCACCAAAUGGCAUCAUUCUCAGUACUACAGCAAGCAAUGAUCCCACAAAGUGCUGAUUGUGAGACCAAGCCCUAAAUGCUAAAUCCGUGUGAUUGAUAAAUUCCAGAAAGUCUGUGAAUUCUUUGUCAUUUUAUUGGCCACUUCAAAGGCUAAUUCCUAAAUUGUCACUGAUUCUUCUGCUUAAGACAAAAAGUAGUAAGAUAUUUUACAUAUAUAUCAGAAGCUCUUCAAAACUGCCUAACUGUAAAGUUAGGUUACUUUGGAUCUGUUUUGCAAAAGGAGAAACCUUUGUUUCCUCUUUCAAAAAUGUUUUUUGACUACUGCAUUUGAUCACACAAAUGGACAUUUUUCCCUGUCCCCUUAGGAAUUUUCACACAGAAGUAUCCGGUCACUCAUGCUGUCACCUGAUAUAUGCAUGCAGAUCCCUCAUUCAAACAAAUAAAUGCCAGUUAUGUUCAGGCAACGGGUGUAUUUUAGGGGAUGCAGCUUAAGCACCAAUAUUUAAAAUUUUUGCCCAUCAUGUUUUAAAGCAUAUUCUCUUAAAUAAAAGCAAGAGAGAAAUACACAGGUUGGCUAAGGUUUUCAAAUACUAAUAAAGGAUGUGGAUGCAUCCAAAUUCUGUAAGUGGCUCCAAAAGUUCCAGCUGUUCUAUACAGUGAAGUAUGCAAGGGGCUAUGAUCAGAGAUGAGGUUCACAGUACUACUGUUCCUUUUACAGCAGCAAUCUUUUUAAUUUAAAACUGAUGAAAAAUUAAAUAAAAUGCGGUGUUUUCUUUGGCUAAAUUGUGUAAAUUUUGUCCUUUCACUGCAUGCAAACGCACUGCAGAUUAUCUCACGUUUUACAAUUUAAAUGGGUUGCUUAUUGUCAUGUCCUGAGAAAUGUGCAGCUGCUGUAGAGUGACCUGUAUGAACGUGCUUCUAGUGUAUUAAACCCGUAGAGCCUGAUUCUCAGUUACACUAAGGGGCCAUAAUGUCCCUGAGAAUUCAGGCCUUUGUUCCUAGCACUUCAGCAGUGCUUCAUAGACAGUAUGUGAUCAAAUGGUUCACAGCCACUGUGCUGCAGCCAUUAGUUUACACAGACAGAACCUGCUAGCAACCAGCUCCUUUCACCCACCUCUCCUCUUCAUACAGGUCCAUGUGUCUGCCCCACCCUUACACCAGCUGUCAUGAGGGUCCUCUCCUAGGCCAGCUGGCCUGACUCCCUGGUACCACUCAACUCUCCAGACGCGUCCUUAGUGCUGCUUGCUUCACUACUGCCUGCCUGCUUCUCCUGCUCCUGCAGCACCAGCAUCUACUGUCUGCCACUACCUCUCUGCUCUGGCUGUAUGCUCCUGCUCCUAGACUCACCCUCCUCCAUCACUUCAGCCCUGACACAGCCAAUCAUCACCCACCUGACCACCCCGCACCCACUCUAUGCCAACUAGCCUCCCUCCUACUGCUAUUUCCUCCCCACCUCCCAAGGAAACCAGAAGUUAACUGGCUGGAACAGGUUACUCUCUAUUAUGAAGAGCUGCCUCGUUAGAUGUUGUUUCUUCAAAUGGGUUUCUGCAGUGGAAGCAAAGUAAGUGGACAGGCGGCUUGCUGCUGAGAGUUUGGUUGCAAAGAGGGGAGACGUUAAGGGAAAGCCUAUCUUGAAUAUGGGUCAGGCAGGAGCUUUGGCACAGAAGAACUGUUUUGAAUGUGUAGCUGUGACAGUGAAACUUGUGAGAACUUACUGGAGCAGCGUUUUCAAGGAAAAGCUGCUUUGAAACUCAUGUAAAGAAACAAUAACUGAUUAGACAACUCUUUAUAAAACCAUAUAAUCUCUUACACUGCAUCACAGCAAGCAUGAAGGAAUAAAACAAUCACUAAUAAACUCUACUGAGCCUGUAGGAAAAACAUUAACUCUGUUAAAAAGAGAACCCAAACUCUUGUCAGCUAGAACUGGGCAAAUUAUUCAUUUUGAAUACAAUUUCUUUGCAAAUUUAUCCUUUUCUUCUGUUUGCAAAUUAUUCCUGUGCUGACCCUAAUUUCUAUCUCUUUAUUCAUUAUUCAUAUGUAUUUCUCAAGUAGUUUAGGCAAACAAAUUUCAGCCUAUCAGAUAUUCAUGAGCAGUCUGCUAGGACUGGUCACUUAAGUCACAUGGUAUCAUUUCUGCUCCCUGAUUGGAUGACUGAAACUUUUUAAACAGGAGGAGAAUAGAUGAUGAAAAAACCAUGCUUCUAAUGUUCUGAUGAAUGUACCCAAACUGUGGUCACUAGUUGGGAGUAGCACUGCCAACCAUCCCAGUCUCGCCAUGAAUCUCCCAGAAUCAGGCUCUAUCUCCUGGAAGCUAAGGAAGCCAAACCAGGAGAUUUUAGGUGCUAAAUGUCCGGCGGCACAGGGGGCUAAGGCCGGCUCCCUGCCUCCCUUGACCCCGCACCGCUCCCAGAAGCAGCCGGCACGUUCCUGCAGGCCCUGGUGGGGGACAGGGGGGUCUCGGCAUGCUGCCCCCAUCCCAAAUGCCUACUUUGCAAUUCCCAUUGGCCAGGAA